UUGUUUUAAAUCUUACUUUAUGUGUCUGAAUGUUUUGCCUGUGUGCAUAUAUGUGCAUGCACGUCUGUGCCUCUUAUUGGAUUACUGACACCGGGGUUAAUGGUUGCGAGCCACUAUGUGAGGGCUGGAAAUUGAACCCUGCUCUUCUUCGAGAGCAUCGAGUGAUUUUAAACUUGGAGCCAUCUCUCCAGUCCCUAGAGAGAAACUCUUUAUGUUUUAUUGUUGUCGUUUUUUGAGACAAGAUCUCUCUGUUUACGUGGCUCCAGCAGUCCUGGAACUUGCUAUGAAGCCAGCCUGUCUCUCACUCAGAGAGAUCCACCUGCCUCUGGCUCCCAAGUGCUGGGAUUAAAGGUAUAAGCAAUUAUAUGCAACUAUACUUAGCUUUAAACACAACACAACACACAUACACACACACACACACACACACACCCCACACUUGGCUAGAAAUGGGAGGUUUUCUGUGUAACAUGUUUUGUAAGGAACUGUUGGAGCUCCUUUUCCUCCUUCCGCUACUGACCUAGCUGUGUGUCUCUGGCCCUGCUAAUCUUUUUGCUCUGCUGAUGAAAGUGGCCAAUGGGCCCCUUAGACCAGAUCCUAGAGGUCUUUUCACUCCUCACUUCCUCGUUCUUUCAGCAAGUGCUGCUAGGCCCUACUCUUUAGCUGUUGGCAGUGAAUGAAGCCUUGUCCUAGACUUAGGGACCUUGAAGCACCAUCUCUUAAAAUACUAAGUAACUUCUGCUUGAGCCAGGAACUCAAAUGGUUAUUGGUUAUUCUUGGAGGGGGUGGAGUCAGGUCCAAGGAGGGGAAACUUCCCAACUUUGAGAUGAAAUCUGACCUGGUGGUUUUGUGUGUUUUGUUUUGUUUUUGUUUUGAACCAUUUCUAGGACUACAAAGACGUUCUUAAAAUAUUUUCAGGGCUUUUAGGGUAGCCUAGAAGGACAUUAAAAGAUGGCUAGUUCUCCAAGUCAAGUUCUCCAGGACCAGCAUUUCCUGUUUUGCAAUUACUUUUUCUAAAAAUAAUGUUCUAAAAACAUUUUGCUUUGAUUUCUUUCUUUCUUUUUUUUUUUUUUUUUAAAAGAUCCCAAACUGUCUUACUCUCUCCGGGAUCUGUACCUAGGGUAGAACCUGGUGCACUCAUUCAGGUUUUUUUCUUCUUUCCGUGUUCAGUUCCGUGUUCCUUUCAGGUUCAGUGUUGGGGAUGGAAUCCAAGGCCACUGAGCAUUCCUAGAUACGAACGCUAUUUCUGAAUGUUCUCUUAAGAUUUAGAUCCCCUUUGCUAAAAUUCUUACCAAAGGAAAUGCACUUUUUGGCAGGGAUGGGGAAUGCGCCUCUAAGAACACCUAAUGAACACUGCCAGGCCGGGUCCCCUUUAUCCCGAAUAGUCAUAUGGACGUUGAUGAAUUUAGCAGAUUACUCAUUUUUCCAGAUCACCCCCACCAAUCUUAGUCCUUCAGUUUUCAGGGAGCAGGCGUGGCGAAUCCUUUGUGCUUCUGUCUUUAUUUGUUGCUUCUGGGUUUUGAACUCAGGGCCUUAUGAUUGCCUGCCACUGAGCUAGCUGUAUCGGAAGCCAGGAGUGUGCAUUUCUAAAUGACUUAUUCCUGCUUUCUUAAUCUUUUUUUUUUUUUUUUUUUUUUCGGAGCUGGGGACCGAACCCAGGGCCUUGCGCUUGCUAGGCAAGCGCUCUACCACUGAGCUAAAUCCCCAACCCCUUAUUCCUGCUUUCAAACACCGCAGCACCUGAGCACUUACCUCGCUCACCUUUCCGGUAACCACUUCAGGUCUGCUUGUCUUGGGAGCCUUGACAUCUUGUUCAUCAUAAAGAUCAGGUGACCAGUGACAUCAGCCAUGUCUGUGAGGCCUUUUGAGAGUCCACCUCCUUACAGGCCGGAUGAAUUCAAACCCAAUCAUUAUGCACCAAGCAAUGACAUGUAUGGCGGAGAGAUGCACGUUCGACCAAUGCUCUCUCAGCCGGCAUACUCUUUUUACCCGGAAGACGAAAUUCUUCACUUCUACAAGUGGACGUCGCCUCCAGGGGUGAUUCGGAUCCUGUCUAUGCUCGUCAUCGUGAUGUGCAUCGCUGUAUUCGCCUGCGUGGCUUCCACACUUGCUUGGGACAGAGCCUAUGGAACGGGCAUCUUUGGAGGAAGUAUGAACUACCCUUACGGCAGCGGCUUCGGUAGCUAUGGAGGUGGCUUCGGAGGUUACGGUUACGGCUACGGUUACGGCUACGGAGGGUACACAGACCCCAGAGCGGCAAAGGGUUUCCUGCUGGCCAUGGCGGCCUUUUGCUUCAUCGCUUCCUUGGUGAUCUUUGUUACCAGCGUCAUUAGAUCGGGAAUGUCCAGAACGAGAAGAUACUACUUGAUCGUGAUCAUAGUCAGCGCAAUCCUGGGCAUCAUGGUGUUCAUUGCCACGAUCGUGUACAUAAUGGGAGUCAACCCGACUGCCCAGGCUUCUGGAUCUAUGUACGGUUCACAGAUCUAUACCAUCUGCAGCCAGUUUUAUACUCCUGGAGGCACUGGUCUCUACGUGGACCAAUAUUUGUAUCACUACUGUGUGGUGGAUCCCCAGGAGGCUAUAGCCAUUGUCCUGGGGUUCAUGAUUAUUGUGGCUUUUGCUUUAAUCAUUGUUUUUGCUGUGAAAACCCGAAGAAAGAUGGACCGGUAUGAUAAGUCUAAUAUUUUGUGGGAUAAGGAACACAUUUAUGAUGAACAGCCCCCUAAUGUGGAAGAGUGGGUUAAAAAUGUGUCUGCAGGCACACAAGACAUGCCUCCACCCCCAUCUGACUAUGCGGAAAGAGUCGACAGUCCGAUGGCCUACUCCUCCAACGGCAAAGUGAAUGGCAAGAGAUCCUACCCAGACUCUUUGUAUAAGUCACCGCCUCUGGUACCUGAAGUAGCCCAGGAGAUUCCUCUGACCUUGUCCGUGGAUGACUUCAGGCAGCCUCGGUACAGCAGCAACGAUAACCUAGAGACACCUUCUAAAAGGACUCCCACGAAGGGGAAAGCAGGGAAGGCGAAGAGGACAGACCCAGACCACUAUGAAACCGACUACACGACAGGUGGCGAGUCCUGCGAUGAGCUGGAGGAGGACUGGCUCAGGGAAUAUCCACCUAUCACUUCAGAUCAACAGAGACAACUGUACAAGAGAAAUUUUGAUGCAGGUUUACAGGAGUAUAAGAGUUUACUGGCAGAACUCGACGAGGUCAACAAAGAGCUCUCUCGUCUCGACAGAGAACUGGAUGACUACAGAGAGGAGAGCGAAGAGUACAUGGCUGCUGCUGAUGAAUAUAACAGACUAAAGCAAGUUAAGGGAUCUGCAGAUUAUAAAAGCAAGAAGAAUUACUGCAAGCAGUUAAAGAGCAAAUUAUCACACAUCAAGAGGAUGGUGGGAGACUAUGACAGACGGAAAACCUAGACAGAUGCUGGUUGCUGGAGAAGUGAGAGAGAGGUGCAUCUAUCUACCUGCCCAGUGUCUGCAGUUCUCCCCAGAGGCAAACUGACUUUGGACUCUCGUCUGGGAAGUUAAAACUUUGUGAUCAUUACAAAGUUUCCAUAGCUUUAAUACCAUCCGUUUCCUGUCUCCAGUAUUGAAGCAUUUUAUAAAUGGCUUUUGAUAAUUGACUGGGCUGAACACUCCAAUUAAGAAUUUUACAUUUUCAACAUUGAUUCUUGUAUUAAGAAUGAAAUGUUGUUUGAGGUUUUAAAUGUAGAGAAAGGUCCUGGUGUGAGCUGUGAUGUGAACACUCACACUAGACAGUGUCUUGUAUGACAGAUAUGAGGUAUGUCUUGAUACCCAAGUGUGUUCCCCCAGGUAGACUGUCUAAUGAAUCUUCACAGCAGCCCUCAGGUGACUGUUUUUAUAAUCAGGUUGUUUUGGUUUUCUAGACAGGGUUUCUCUGUGUACCCCUGGUUGACCUAGAACUUAGUCUGUAGACCAGGUUGUCCUUGAACUCACAGACUUCCUCUGAGUGCUGGGUGCAGGAAUUAAAGGCGUGUACUGUUAUAAUCACUUUUCCUGUAAGGAAACUGGGUCCUUGGGGUGACAUCUCCAAACUGAGACUGCCUGUUUCACAAAGGCAGUUUUGGCUAAGUCUGUUUUAUGACUCUGCAAAUUACAGCAUGCCUGCCUUUCGAGUUUCCACUCCUGCGUAGGAUACAUUCUAUCGGCCACCUUCCCUACCACUCUUCUUCCUAUAUUGACUUUAACAAAUGAAUAGGAUUAUUUUACAUUUUUUCCUAACACUUAAGAUCAUAUAAAAUUAACGAGUAUGUGGAAUUUAAGAAUUGCAAAUAUAUAUUUACACUUGAGAGAUGAUUUUAAAUCUGGGGUUAAAGUGCCUUUUUAUCUUUCGUAGUUUACAUGCUUUUUUGAUAACCCACUAGACCUUUCCAUUGUAUCAGAGGAUCCAAUUACAUUUACAAUUAUGACUUGAAUUGUAUUUCACAGGAAUGCUCAAGUUUUGUACAUAUUUUAUAAGGUAUUAAACCUGAUGUUCUCUUUCUA